AGGCACGGCGCGCCGGGGACAGCGGCGGCGGCGGCGGCGGCAUGCGGCUUCUGGCGCUGCCCAUCGUGGGCUGAGACGGCCGCAGCACGGGCGGGAAGCGCGGCAGCCGGCGAGCCGAGGGCGCAGCUAGCCGGGCUGACCGUGGACAGCGGUCGGGGCGCCGCGCCAUGGGCCGAACUGGGGGCGGGGGCCCGGGCAGGGGGCCGCCGCCACUGCUGCUGCUUCUGGGGGCCACGCUGGUUCUCGUCGCCGGGGCCGCGCCGGCGCGCGAGGCGGGCAGCGCCGUCGAGGCCGACAAGCCUGUGAAGAGCGCCGCGGCGUGGGGGCCGCGUGCUAACAACACGCGGGAGAAGGCCGGCCCGCCAGCAGCCGGAGAAGAUGAGCACUCGUGGACCGCGCCCGAUGGAGAGCAGGCAGUGGUGGGCCCUGGGGUCGGGCCAGAGGAUGUGCUGGAGGCCUCGGCAGCAGUGACAGGCGCCAUCUGGCUGGAGGCCGACAGCCCAGGCCUGGGCGGAGUGACUGCAGAGGCGGGCAGCGGGGACACUCAGGCCCUUCCAGCCACGCUCGCAGCCCCCAACGAGGUCCUCGGGCAGUCAUCGAUGCCCCGUGCCAUCCCUGAAGCUACAGAGGCCAAUGAACCACCCUCCCCCACUCCUGGCCACAAGCCGAGCCCAGGCCCAGAACUCCCCAAGGAGAGCCCUUUGGAGGUUUGGCUGAACCUGGGAGGCAGCACACCUGACCCUCAUGGGCCAGAGCCCACGUACCCCUUUCAGGGCACACUGGAACUUCAACCGGCGUCAGAUAUUAUUGACAUCGACUACUUCGAAGGAUUGGAUGGUGAGGGUCGUGGCACCGACCUGGGGAGCUUCCCAGAAUCGCCAGGAACCUCAGAGCACCACCCUGAUAGUGGAGGAGAGACCCCUUCCUGGAGCCUGCUUGAUUUAUACGAUGACUUCACCCCUUUUGACGAAUCUGAUUUCUACCCCACCACAUCUUUCUAUGAUGAUUUGGAUGAAGAGGAGGAGGAGGAGGAGGAUGGCAAGGAUGCAGCGGGAGGUGGAGGUCUGGAAGAUGAAAAUGACCUUCUAGUGCCCACUGAGAAGCCUGGUUUGGGGCCCGGGACAGGCCAGCCCACGAGUUGGUGGCAUGCUGUCCCUCCACAGCAUACUCUGGGGAUGGUCCCGGGCAGCAGCAUCGCUCUCAGGCCCCGCCCAGGAGAGCCAGGCAGGGACCUGGCCUCCAGUGAGAAUGGCACUAUGUGCCGCAGCGGUUUUGUGCGACAUAACAGCUCCUGCCGGUCAGUGUGUGACCUCUUUCCAAGUUACUGUCACAAUGGCGGCCAGUGCUACCUGGUGGAGAACAUAGGGGCCUUCUGCAGGUGCAACACGCAGGACUACAUCUGGCACAAGGGGACACGCUGCGAGUCCAUCAUCACUGACUUCCAGGUGAUGUGCGUGGCCGUCGGCUCGGCUGCCCUCGUGCUGCUCUUGCUCUUCAUGAUGACUGUGUUCUUCGCCAAGAAGCUCUAUCUGCUCAAGACAGAGAACACCAAGCUGCGUAGGACCCACAAAUUCCGGACCCCAUCUGAACUCCACAACGAUAACUUCUCCCUUUCCACCAUUGCCGAGGGCUCUCACCCAAAUGAUGAUCCUAGCGCUCCCCACAAAAUCCAGGAGGUCCUCAAGUCCUGCCUGAAAGAGGAGGAGUCAUUUAACAUCCAGAACUCCAUGUCGCCCAAACUUGAGGGUGGCAGAGGUGACCAGGCUGACUUGGAGGCGAACUGUCUUCAGAAUAACUUGACCUAAAGCAGAGCAAGAAGAGAGGGAACGGGGGGCGGGGCGGGGGAGAAACGCCACUCCUCUUGUACAGUCUAUUUCUCGUAACCAUUUGUCGAAUUCUUUUCUUUUCUGAUCCCAUGGCAUGCUUCGAUGUAUUUUGUACAGGAGGGAGAAAACACAAAGUAAGCAAAGAACCUGAACAGAAUUGCGUGUAUUGGAUUGUCUGUCUGUGCCGUCUGUACAUUGCUUCUGCUGCUGUGCUUUCUAAACCUAUGCUGUUAUUCAACUGACUUUUUUUUUUGGUACUUUGAUCCACCUUUUUUUGAAAUACCAGUAAAAAACAAAAGUUCUUGAAAUAAAACUUUUUUAAAAG